AAGAAGGAGAAGAAGACGAAGAAGAAGAGGGGGAGGUCGGUCGGUCACUUUUCAGGGGGAAGAAAGAAAGAAGCUCCGCCGGCCACCGUGCACCGAUCCCGGGGAAGGAUUCCGCCGCCGCCGCCUCUUCUCCUCCGGAGUUAACGGAGCUCCGGGUUUUCUCCUCAUGUGAGUCCCGGAGAGGACUUCUCCUCCCCCGGGGACGAACCACCGGACGGGACGCGGAGGACCGGGGACACUGUCCGGAGUCCGGUGCUUUUAAAAAGUUUCACUUCCUUUUUGGACUUUUUUUACUUUAUUUUUAAUUUUUGUUCUAAAAGCGAGCACACGUUUCCUCCCGGGGAUGAAUGGCAGCAGUGGACGGAUCCGUGUUGUUGUUCUCACCGGAGCCCACAUGAAGUGUUGAUAUCCCGCUUUGUCUGGCUGGUUCUCUCCCAGAGGGAAGUUCACACACACACACGGACACACACAGACACACACAUAGACUCUGGACUACACACGCAGACACACACACUUUUCAAGAUGCAGAUGUGGAGCCGCAUGAGGGCCCACAAAGGAGGCCCUCCACCACCGUAGGUCCCUGGAUGUGUGUCUCCAUCGCUUCCUGUCUGGAUCCCACACUGAGGUGACCUGCACCAGUGGUUCUCUCCCAGUAGGAUGGCUCCUGGUUCCUCCCAGUCCCCUUGCACCAGUGGACCCUCCACAUAGAGGGACCCAGGACCCCCAGGACCCCCCCAGGACUCCAGUCAUGUAACCACCCUGAAAUGUCUUAACGCUUUUUAUUUAUCUGUUUUUUGUAUUUAUUGUUUUUUGUGUAUAUAUAAUAAGCAAUCCGUUUUGUUUUUUUAUUGUUAUUUAGCUUUGAGCUACUUCAAAGGCCAGUUUUCUUUUUCUUUUUUUACUUCUAAUUAUAGUAUUUGAUUUGUUAUUAUUAGUAUUUGAACGCUGACAUUUCAAUUGUCGUAGUAGAAGCUGUUUCCUUUUAAACGUCCUCGUUCUGCUGCUGUAACUUCAAGGAGAAGCUGUGAGACUUGACUUUGCCCAGACAGGUAUUUAAAACACACACACACACAGACACACACACACACACACACACACACAGACACACAAAGGAGAAGGCUUCAUCAUGGACCGGCCCAUCAGCAAGCUGCUGGAGAAGCUGAAGCUCACGGACUCGGGCAGUGUGAAAUUCAACAGCUCCAAGAAAAAACACGACUCUGCCAACAACUCCAACAACAGCAACGCCAACGCUGGCAUCUCCAGAGGGGGGGGCGGUGGAGGAGGAGGUGGUGGUGGUGGGGCGGGCGGGGGUGGUGGUGGUGGUGGUGGUGGGCCCGGCUCGGCAGCGGCCUCGCCCUCCAGACCCGGCGGCCAGUUCCCGCUUGCCUCUGCGACCACAAGUGAUGCAUGUGUUCCAGCGGGUGGGAGGGGAGGAGGAGGGGGAGGAGGGGUGGGUGGCGGCGUCCCCCCCCCCCAGCUCCUCACCUCACCGCAGACUUCCGCCCCGGUGGGCACCGUCUCCUCAGAGGGGGGGGAGCAGCAGCAGCUCCACGCCUCCACCCUGGCACCGCUGCGGCGCCGCUCCCCCCAGCAGCGGGCGUCCUGUUACCUUGGCGACGGCGUGGACGCCCACAUGCGGCGGGAGUCCGGCCUGGGACCCGAGUGCGACGCCGUCGGGGGGGCGUUUGGGUCCCGGACGUCUCUGAACCAGCGGCGCUACUCCCUGGAGCUGCAGCAGCUGGUCAAACGCCAGCAGCUCCUCUCCCAGCCGCCGCCUCACUCCGGGGGGCCGCCGCCGUACCCGGGGGGCUACGGCUCGGCCCCCCGAGGUGGUCUGGCCGAGCCCGGGUACCUGUCCGAGCCCGAGAGGCACAAGCGUCUCUCUCUGCAGGAGGCGCUGUUCUACAAGCGCCUGAGCACGGGCAGCGACCUGUGGGAGACCCCCCGGCCGGCGUCCCUCUCCCACCCGCCCCACCGGCCCUCUGAUGGAGGAGGGGGGGUCGGAGGGAGCUUCUUCUACCCCCCCGGCCCGACCGUGAGCCCGUGCUCCUCCUUCAGCCUCCAGGAGUCGGUGCUGGUCAGCCCCCGGUCCAGCUUCGCCUCCAGCACGGCCAGCGGCGGCGGUGGGGGGGGCAGCCCCAUGGGCAGCCGCUGCAGCAGCAACCGGACCAGCGGCAUCAGCCUGGGCUACGACUCCCGCUACUCCGCCUCUGGAGGCCUCCCCCCCCAGCAGGCGUGCCCCUCCAUGCAGUCGGGGGGGUGUGUGGCUGGGUACGGCCCCCCCGGGCGGCCGGGGGUCCCCCCUGUGGAGGCCUGGACUCAGUACCUGGACGGGGGGCUGCGUCCGGGGGCCCAGGACAGUCGCCACUCCUACCCGCCGGCUGUAGGGAGCCCGGCGGCCGCAUGCUACCGGGGGGGCCCGGACUGGUGGGACGAGCAGCAGGUGGGGUCCAGAGGCAAAGAGGGGGGGGGCGCGAUGGGAGAGAGGGCCCGGUACUCGGACCUGCCCGGGACCCGGUACCAGGAGGAGCUGACCCGCCUCCUGCUGAGGGACGCGGCCCUGGAGGGCGACGGGCUCCUGGAGGGUCUGAUGCUGAAGGAGCAGUCGCUCGCCCUCACCGCGCUCUCUAAACCCAGCGCCGCCACACUGUCGUCGGCGGGGGGGCCCGGCAAACCUCAGGAGGACCCGGGACGGGACGCCACGGAGAACCGGCAGGAGUACUUUGGAACCUGUGUGAAGUGUGGGAAAGGCGUGUACGGGGCGGACAACGCCUGCCAGGCUCUGGACAACCUCUAUCACACACGCUGCUUCACCUGUGUGUCCUGUGGACGCACCCUGAGGAACAAGGACUUCUACAAUGUCAGUGGCUCUGUGUACUGUAAAGAGGAUUACAUGUUUUCGGGAUUCCAGGCUGCUGCAGAGAAGUGUAGUGUGUGUGGCCAUCUUAUUCUCGAACAGAUCCUUCAGGCGCUCGGGAACUCGUACCAUCCCGGCUGUUUCCGCUGCGUGGUUUGCUCAAAGGCUCUGGACGGCGUUCCCUUCACCGUGGACCAGCACAGCAACAUCUACUGCGUCACAGACUACAACAAGACUUUUGCCCCCAAGUGUGCUGCCUGUUUACAACCCAUCUUACCCACUGAGGGCAGUGAAGAGAUCCUCCGGGUCGUGUCUAUGAACAAGGACUAUCACUUUGAGUGCUAUCACUGCGAGGAGUGUCGACAGCAGCUCUCGGAUAAGCCCGGCUCGCAGUGCUUCCCCCUGGACACUCACCUCCUCUGCCACUCCUGUCACAUGGGCCGGGUGUGCACCAGCGCCACACACAACAUUCCCCCUCACAACACACACUGAUCAGCGUCUAUGCAGCUAACGGGUGUUUUGAAAAAGCUGGUCGUGGCGUCGGUUUCACGUCGUUUUCUUCUGUUUCCCUCUCGGAGAUGAAACUGCUGAUAUGAGACAUUUCCUCUGAUUCCCUGGGAUCAGUCCCCGUGUGUCACAUGUACUGCCUGCUGUACUUCUUGUACUAUUACUGUAUCAUAGUUAUAAGGGAACGAAACUACUGCUUUUGUUAUUUUUUUUUAUUACCCCAAUGUGGCUACUGUUUGCUGUAGAAGAACAAGGGAUUUUGCUAAACUGUUUUUUUGCUAAAACAUUUUGCACUUAAAUUUGACUUAACUGUAAGAGAUUUGUUACGUGAAUCUGUACAAUUUGGGGAAAAAACAUUACUUAAUUUCU